GCGACCGAGAUAACAACCCUACGUAACACGAGAUAAAUCAUCCGAACCCGAAAUCGGAUAUAAAAGCGGUCCGAAAUCCCUACAGUGCAUCAUUCAGUCCUGCACCAUCAAGACAAAAUGUACAAGACUCUUGCAAUCCUCGCCCUCGCCAUCUUCGCCGCCGUCGAGGCCAGGCCAAAACAGGGAGCCGCCGCCCCCGAAAUCAACCUCGACCAAUUGGCUAACAGCGCCAAGGACUCCAUCGACAAGUUGGCCGCCUCAUUGAACAAGAACGUCGACACCAAAAAAAUCGCCAACACCGUCAACGAACAAACCGCCAUCCUCACCACCAACGUCCAAAAGGCCGCCGCAGAACUGAACAAGAAACUCAACAGCGCCGAAGCCAAGGCCGGCAUCCAACAGGCCCAGAAACUGUUGACCGACGCCACCAACACCUUCAAGAGUCAAAUCAACGACGAGAACGUCGCCAAGGCCAAGCAAGUCAAAGAGGAUUUGGAAAAGGGCAUCAAGGACGCCGUCGCUGAAGUACAAAAGUCUUUGAAGAACUUGGAACCAGAAGCCAAAGCCAAGGGCAAGGAAAUCCUCGACUCCAUCCUCGACUUCACCAAAAACCUCCAAAACCAAUUGAACCAGAAAGCUGUGGAGGCCAAGCCUAAGUCGGGUCCCAACGAAAUCGACAUCGACCAACUGGCUAACAAUGCCAAGGACUCCAUCGACAAGCUGACCGUCUCCCUGAACAAGAACGUCGACACCAAGAAAAUCGCCAACACCGUCAACGAACAAGCCUCCAUCCUCACCACCAACGUACAAAAGGCCGCCACCGAGCUUAACAAGAGACUGAACAGCCCCGAAGCCAAGGCCAGCAUCCAAGAAGCCCAGAAACUGUUGACCGACGUCACCAACAGCUUCAAGAGCCAAAUCAACGACCAGAACAUCGCCAAGGUGAAGCAAGUGAAGGAGGACUUGGAGAAGGGCAUCAAGAAGGCCGUCAGCGAAGUGGAGCAGUCGCUGAAGAACAUGGAACCCGAAGCCAAGGCCAAAGGCAAGGAAAUCCUCGACUCCAUCAUCGACUUCGCGAAAAAACUCCAGGCUGACUUGAAAUGAACCAUCUGACUUAACUAUAAUUAUUAUGUAAUUUUUAAAUUAAUAAAACUUCUGCUUUUUC